AUGGAGAGGAAUCUUACCUCUGAUGCCGAGAUAGGUAGAUGUGAAGUCUACUUAAAAGCCCAUACAAGAAAAGACAAAGUUGUCCAGUAUCCUGACCUUGCUGAAAAACUAGAUGAGCUCUAUAGUAGCAAUCCUGCUUCUAGGAUGACCGGCGUGGAUGAUGUCCUUAUAGAGUUGGUUGGUUCUGACAGUAGAGGGCGAAUGCAGGGUCUAGGUUGCUCGAUAAGCAAGACAGUACUGAAGAAGUUAGCCCCUGCUCGUUCAAAGGUAGAGAAUGUGACAAAAGAAAAAGAGGGUCUAACUCAAGAGAUAUUUGAGAUGAAGAAAUCAUUGAAUGGUCUAACUCAAGAGUUAUUUGAGAUGAAGAAAAUCUGGGUGGAUAUAUAGAAAGAGGGAUAGUAUACUCAAAAUGUCUCAUCACCAGCAGCCGCUAAAUCUACUUAGG